AUGCACAGAUCGGCGAGCGCAACUCGAGUCUCAGAUGAAUUCUUUAUUCAGCACUCUUCACCGCCAUCGUCGUCCAAGGCUUCUCAAACUCACAAUGUCAAGACAGCCUUCGAUGACAUCAACGAGAUACCCACAUAUAAUCCACUCUCAGAUGCAGCAAAGAAAGAGAAACAACGUAUUAAAUUUGCAGAGAAUGCAGUUCAUGUGAUACCCUUCGUCCUACUUCUAUGUGCCUUGAUUCUUUGGUUCUUUUCCAAUCCAGAAGUAGACAUGGUGCAUAAAGAUAAUUCAAUUCUUUCUAGAGUUGAAGGGUUGAUAAUAGAUGGCAGUACAGAUGCUGAUGAAAGUCAGAUUGGCUUGCUAUCGACCAUGGAGCUGGACAACUUGGAUCCACAAAAGCAAAUGAUAGAUCUCAAAGCCAGAAGAUUUUUGCGAAACAAAGUUGAAUAA